AUGGAGCCCCUCCCUAUGCUUUUAAACCACACUCAGAUACCCCUGGGGCGUUAUAAGAAAACCCUUAUCAGACACUUCCUCAACGCAGCCAAAAGCCUCAUCCCCGCCAGAUGGAAAUCACCAGUGGUCCCAACCAUUACUCAGUGGAUAGAAAAGGUCGAUGAAAUUUAUAACAUGGAAAUUCUUACGGCAGAACUCAGGGGCAUGCAAGACCGCUGCACUCGCCUGUGGACACCGUGGAUCACCUACAGCUCGGACCGGAGGUGGGGGCGGCCGAGGGCGGACUGUCUGGGGCCGGACGAGGAGGCGGAGUAG